UGUGUAAUACUCACUACGACUUACCCUUGACUGCAUCCUUUCUUUUUCAAUCCUCUGACAUAACGUAUUUUACCUCUCUCUCACACUUCUCCAUCCCCUAUUGUCUUCGUUUGUGGGCUGCACCAAGGUCGGAUUCACUUUCAUUUCGACUGUAGUAGAUCGUCUGUAUCUCCAGGAGCACGUUUUAAGGACGGUGGACUGAAAGAUUGAAUUAACGAGUCAGGAUGGAAUUGAGAGGUCGUGUAGCGCUCGUUACUGGAGCAUCUUCAGGUAUUGGGAGGACAUUCGUUGAAGAGUUGCUUAAUCAAGGAGCCAAGGUUUCGAUAUGUGACAUAAACGCUGAAGAAGGAGAAAAAUUGACAAAUUUAUUAACAUCGAAGCAUGGAAAAGAUCGAGUAAUUUUUUGUCAAUGUGAUGUUACUGAUUAUCCGCAAUUCGAAGAAUCGUUUAAAACAACUAUAGCAACGUUUGGUAAUAUUGAUAUUGUUAUCAAUAAUGCUGGGAUCAUGAAUGACAGAUUCUGGGAGCUUGAGGUCGACAUUAAUCUCAAUGGAGUGAUUCGUGGGACGUUGCUGGCACAAAGAUACCUUGGAAUAGACAGAGGUGGUAGAGGUGGUAUUGUCAUAAAUACCGGAAGUAAUGUGAGUUUAAAUCCAUACGUCAGUGUGCCAAUCUAUUCAGCUACAAAAGCAGCUAUUGUAAGCCUCACUAGAGCGUUUGGUGACAAGUACCAUGUGGAUUUGACUGGUGUAAGUGUUAUGGCUCUUUGUCCUAAUGCAACAGAUAGUAAUCUUGUUCGUGACGUUGGUAAACAACUUUUAUCACCAAGAUAUGAAGACGCCUGGCGUCGUGAUACUGCCUCUAGUGUUCCCCAAAAAGCUGAACAUGUUGCCAAAGCGUUGAUUCAUGUUUUAAGUACUGGAAAAAGCGGAAGUGUAUGGUUGGUAGAAAAUGGCCAACCCGUACGUGAAAUAGCUUUUGCAGUUGCAAUAUUAGAUCUUGAUCCAUCAACUGGAGCAGAAGCAGCAAAAAAACUCAAUGAAGAAUUUGGAAAAAAUCAAUCAAUCUUCAUUCGAACAUAUAUGUCAAAAGCAAAUCAUUUUGAAGGAACUAUUUUUGCUAUCAAAACAAUGGGAAAACAUAAAGAUGGUAAAGGUGGAACUGUGAUCAACGUAGGUUCAUCAGCUUCCCUGAUAUCUUAUAGAACUUUACCAGUUUAUUGCGGUACUAAGAGUGCUGUUUUUGGAUUUACACGAGCUAUUGCACUUAGUUAUGAUCAAACAGGAGUUGCAAUGAAAACAGUAUGUCCAGGUCCUGUGGGAACAUCUUUAUUGCUCUCUAGUGGUGACAAAUUUUUGAGCUUUCAUAGCCAAGAAAAAGAUCUUACUGUUCAACUUCCGAAUCCUCAAACGCCUGAAUCAAUUGCGGAACAAAUUGUGCGUGUAAUCGAAGAAACCCCAAAUGGUACUAUUUAUCUAACAAGUAUGGGUUUGGUAAUUAAAGAUUCACUUGUAAUUAUAACUGGAGGUGCUCAAGGAAUUGGAUUCCAAUUGUGUCAUCAAUUGUUAAGUAAAAAAGCUAAGACAGUGGCAAUUCUCGAUAUUGAUGUAGCCACAGGUGAGGAAGCAGUUAAAAAACUUAACAAUGAAUUUGGAAAAGAUCGAUCAUUUUUUAUUGUGACUGAUGUGACAAAUACUCAGCAAUUCGAAGAAAAUUUUAAAAAAGCUGUUAAUCAGCUUGGUGGUCUAAAUAUCAUGAUUAAUAAUGCUGGUUUUAUGGAUGAUUCAAGAUGGAAAAAGGAAAUUGAUCUCAAUGUGACUGGUGUUGUCCAAGGAACUUUACUUGCAAUUGAAACAAUGGGAAAACAUAAAGGUGGUGCAGGUGGGACUGUAAUUAACAUGGCAUCAAUAGCAGCAUUCCUUUAUGAAAAAUACGUACCUGUGUAUUGUGCAACUAAAGCUGCUGUUAUUGAAUUUACUCGAUGUGUUUCUUUGAAUUAUGAAAAAACAGGUGUAGCGAUUAAAGCAAUGUGUCCAGGUGCUACGGAAACUUUCUUGAUGACUAAUAAAAAUCCUAGAUAUUUGAACUUCCAUGAUCAACAAGAAUGUAUAAAUUGGGUGAUCAAUUGGCCAAAGCAAACCCCCGAUGUUUUAGUAAAGGAAGUGAUACAUAUGAUUGAAGAAGCUCCAAAUGGUGCUGUUUGGGUUAAAAUGGCUAAUCAUCCUGUCUCAACUGUGAAUUUCCCAAAACUCACUGAUAUCAUGGAACCACUUUAAACUUUAUCAAUACUGAAUCUUUAUGAAUAUUAUUUUUAAAUCAUUUUUAAAAUAAUAUGCCACUUUUUUAAAAUUUACAUUCUAUUAAUUUUAUUAUUUUAAUAUA